AUCAUCAAUACAACUUGAUGAAAGUGUUUAUAAAAUUCUUGAAAAAAUUUUUCAUACAACAACAACAACAAUUGUCCAUAAUGAUAAUAAUGAUGAUCAUUCAGAUUGUUUAUCAUUAUCAUCCAAUUCAACAUCAUCAUCAAUAUCGGCACCAACAACAUUACCACAAGUAAUUCCAUCAUCAACAACAACAACAACAACAAAAGAUGAUUUAAAAAAACAAACAACAUCAUCAUCAUCAUUUCAAGAAAAUUCCAAUAAAUUAAUGAAAAAAAUUAUCACAGUUUGUAAACAUCCAGGUAAACAUGUUAAUUGUUUUCAGGAAAUUAAAAAGAGUUUAACAUUAUUUACAGCGUUGAUUCGUGGCCAUCAUCAUUUUAGUUGCUCAAGCUGUCGUGAACGAAACAUUUCAUGUCAAUGUUUGGAUAUACAAACAUCCGAUGAUCAUGAUUAUAAUGCCAAAGAUAAUAAUAAUAAAAAUUUACGAAAAAAAUUAUCAUUCAAUAAUAAAUAUUAUGGUGGAUAUUAUCAUCAUCAUCAUCAAUAUUAUCAUUAUAAUAUGGCUCAAACAAUGAAUCCCUAUCAACAGCAACAACAACCACAUUAUUAUUAUCGUCAUCAACAUCGUCAUUAUCCAAAAAAACAUAUAUUAAGACGUACACAAUCAUAUUUUAGUUUUAAUACAAAUGAAUUUUUAGUUACCAAAACAAUGAUGGACAAUGGUAAUGCUGUUGAUGAAAAUCAAUUAGAUUCGAAUCAACAGAAAAACAAGAUGAUAAAAUGAUUGUUAUUGAUUCAUUCCGAGAAAAUUUAACAUUUCAAAGUUUUC